UAUCUCCAUCGCUAUCAGCAGCAGUCGGCCGACGGAGGAAAUAGAAAGGAGGCUGCGGUACUCCCUCGUCUGAGCCAAGCUUGUCGAAGGGCGGGAAUUUUUUAUUUUUUUCACGCAAUCUGGGGCGACGCGGCUGUCGGGCCUAAGAUCUCGAUCAGCGGACAACGGGUUCUGGGACGAUGGCUCAAUCUUCGUCAUUGGUGACCGCGUCGUGGCAGUACUAUGUGCCUUUGCUGCUCGCUUCUCCCCUGGCACUGCUUGUGGUGCUAAAGCUGUGGCGCCGUUACCGAGCUCGGAACGCGUGCCUGCGGCACCAGCACUUUGUCAUCACUGGUGGUUCCAGUGGAAUAGGCCGUGCGCUGGCGCGGGCUGUGGUUCGGCGAGGUGCCAACGUGACGCUGAUUGCACGGAACGCGGACCGGCUGGAGGAAGCAAAGAUCGAGCUGCUUGAGGAGGCGAGCUCGCCCGAACAGGCGGUGCACACGCUCUCGGCUGACCUGGCGACGAGCAAGGCCGGGGAAGCAGUGCUCACCCGUGGCAUUGAGGAGGCUGAGCAGGUGUGCGGGCCAGUUGACUACCUGGUGAACUGUGCGGGCUCUGCGGUCAGCCUGCGGUUCGACGAGACACCGCUAGCAGAGUUCCAGCGCAUGAUGGAGGUCAACUACCUGAGUGCGGUGCACGCAACCCGGGUGGUGCUGUCGGGCAUGAAGCAGCGAGGCUCGGGCAGCAUCAGUUUUGUGUCAUCCGUCGCAGGCCUGAUGGGCCUGUAUGGUUACACGGCUUACAGCCCGGCCAAGUUUGCCCUCGUGGGACUGGCACAGUCACUCCGUAUGGAGGUGAAGCAUCGUGGCAUCCACGUGAUGGUGGCCUUCCCACCGGACACAGACACGCCAGGCUUUGCAGAGGAGGAGCGCACCAAGCCGAUCGAGACGAAGCUGAUCUCGGCAGCAGGUGGCCUGUGGUCGGCCGACGUGGUGGCCAGUUCCCUACUGCAGGACGUGCUUGAGGGCAAUGUGACCUCGGCUCUGGGACUGGACGGCUGCACGAUGACGAUGCUAUGCGCGGGCAUGAUGCCACCUAACUCGGUGCUUGAGGUGGUAGUGCAGGCCCUCACCAUGGGCACCCUGCGCAUUAUGGGCUGCCUGUACCUGUCGCACUUCUACAGGCUCGUGGCACGCUGCGCAGCCAACCGCGAAGGCAGCAAGAAGGGGAGCUAACUCGUGACAAUUGGGGACAGUGGGGAAAACUUCGUGACACUGGGAAGCUUGUGACAUAUUGGAAUGGGUAGAACACUUCCCAUUGGAUUUAUAAACUGGGUGAUUGACACUGGGAAGCUGAGACACUAGAAUUCUGAUCGUGACACGUUUUUUACUUGUGAUGGUCAGUAACUCGUGACGGCUGGGGAUUGUCACUUACAAGGAACAGUAGAACACUUCCCUAUGGAUUUGUAAAAUGUGUAAUUGGCACAAGGAAUCUUGUGACAAUUUGGGACUUUUAUGGUGACACAUUUGUGACACUUUGAGACCUGUGUCGGUCGGGGAUGGUUGUUUACAAGCAAGGGUAGAACACUUCUAUGCGCAUUUGUAAAUUGGGUGAUUGACAUUGAGAAGCUUGUGACAUUUUGUUUCUCUAACGGUCAGGGAUCAUCACAAAUUCUGUGGAUUUGUAAAAUGGAUGAUUGAAAGUUUUUGGAAGGAAUCCCUGUGCUGUAGAUUUGACAAUAGUGCAUGAUUUAAUAAGUCACCAAUGGUCGGCUGUCUUCUGUUCACAAAUGUGUGAAGUGGGCAUUUAUUUUGUCCUCACUGUGCAGAAAAGUGCGUGACAGGUAAAAGACAACACUACACUAGACAGCAUAAUUUCUGUAAGUGUUACAGAUCGGUAGACAGUCGAACCUAGUUGAUAGGAUCUUCGCGGGAACGAGAAAAAUAAAAACGUACGUAUCACCCAAAAAUUGUACCAUCCACAGCAAGCCCCAAAACGUAAGAAAACAGGCUUACUUGGUGACAAACUCACUAGCAAAGCUUCCUGUGG